CCUCUCUGGUGACUAUUGGACGCUGCUCCUUUAAAAGCAGCCACUCCUCCCGGCUUCUAGGGUGUGGGGGUGGGGGCUGAGAUGGAGGGAAGCUGACAGACUUACCUCAACAAUUAGGGAAGAUGGACCAGGCUGGAAAAGUCGCUCCCAAGCCCUAAUGUCCCCUUCCCUAAGCCAGCGGGUCUGGGGGGAAAACUUCCCAUCCCAGAUGCGACACGAGAUGGCUCCGUGGCCUCACAAAAACGGCUCUCUGGCUUUCUGGUCAGACGCCCCCACCUUGGACCCCAGUGCAGCCAACACCAGUGGGUUGCCAGGGGUGCCAUGGGCAGCGGCAUUGGCUGGAGCAUUGCUGGCGCUGGCCACGGUGGGAGGCAACCUGCUGGUAAUCACAGCUAUCGCCCGCACGCCGAGACUACAGACCAUAACCAACGUGUUCGUGACUUCGCUGGCCACAGCUGACUUGGUAGUGGGACUCCUCGUAAUGCCACCAGGGGCCACAUUGGCGCUGACUGGCCACUGGCCCUUGGGCGCAACGGGCUGCGAGCUGUGGACGUCAGUGGACGUGCUCUGUGUAACUGCCAGCAUCGAGACCCUGUGCGCCCUGGCUGUAGACCGCUACCUAGCCGUCACCAACCCUCUGCGUUACGGCACGCUGGUUACCAAGCGCCGCGCCCGGGCGGCAGUAGUCCUGGUGUGGAUCGUGUCCGCCACCGUGUCCUUUGCGCCCAUCAUGAGCCAGUGGUGGCGUGUAGGGGCAGACGCUGAGGCGCAGGAGUGUCACUCCAAUCCGCGCUGCUGUUCCUUUGCCUCCAAUAUGCCCUACGCGCUGCUCUCCUCCUCCGUCUCCUUCUACCUUCCCCUCCUUGUGAUGCUCUUCGUCUACGCUCGAGUGUUCGUCGUAGCUAAGCGCCAGCGGCGUUUGCUGCGCCGGGAGCUGGGCCGCUUUCCGCCCGAGGAGUCUCCGCGGUCUCCGUCGCGCUCUCCGUCCCCUGCCACAGUCGGGACACCCACGGCAUCGGAUGGAGGGCCCUCCUGCGGCCGGCGGCCUGCGCGCCUCCUACCGCUCCGGGAACACCGCGCCCUGCGCACCUUGGGUCUCAUUAUGGGCAUCUUCUCUCUGUGCUGGCUGCCCUUCUUUCUGGCCAACGUGCUGCGCGCACUCGUGGGGCCCUCCCUAGUUCCCGGCGGAGUUUUCAUCGCCCUGAACUGGCUGGGCUAUGCCAACUCUGCCUUCAACCCGCUCAUCUACUGCCGCAGCCCGGACUUUCGCGACGCCUUCCGUCGUCUUCUGUGCAGCUACGGUGGCCGUGGACCGGAAGAGCCACGCGUGGUCACCUUCCCAGCUAGCCCUGUUGCGUCCAGGCAGAACUCACCGCUCAACAGGUUUGAUGGCUAUGAAGGUGAGCGUCCAUUUCCCACGUGAAGGACCAUGGAGAUCUAGCAAGGAGCCUAACUUCUGGAGAAUUUUUUUUUUAAGACAGAAAGACAAGCAACGUCCAUGGAUGCAAACUUUUUAUACAGCCCUUGAUUUCUGCUCAGAGUGAGUUCCCAGGAACCACAACUCUCCAGAACCAAUGACUAGACCACAGAAUGUAAAGGGGAAAUCUGACCAAAUGGGUUUUGCCAUCUUCUCUCUCUUUCUGAGAGACGUUGUCUAGGAUCCACGUUGAACUUCGCUACUACCUCAGCAGCCGGGAUAUCAGGCCACCCGUGCUUGACUGCCCUGGGAGGAGCUGCGUUCCCACCACCACCCUGCUUAUUAUGUUUGUGCUGGAUGCUUAGGGCUAAGAAAGCACCCUUACCUACCUCCCUUCCUACUGCUUUCCUGACCCCAUGAAUGACUUUUGUCUCCACAAAUCCCUCUGUCUCCAGGUUCUGUGUUCCCAGUCUCUGCGUCUCUGGUUAGUUGGAAAGCAGGAAACCCGGCGGGGGAGGCGGGGGAGGGGGGGAACGACCAAGUUUGAGGUUUUGUCCCUGGCUCCUCAUUAGGGCUCUCUAAACAUCAUCUUGGACCAUCUCUCACAAUAGGCACCAAACAGCUCUAAUCUACCUCACUCUUAGGACUUCAAGGUUUGGGAGAAAUUCCAGGGUUCCCGGGAAGAAGUCAAACCAUUGGGAUGGGUCCCUUUUCCACUUAAAAUCAAAUUAAUAAAUAUUAUUGAAUGUG